UCUCGUUCGAUUUCAGCUUUAUUUGAACACUUGUUCUUAUUUCCCUGUUUUCUUGUUGAGGACGUGAAUGUUUACUCAUAUUCGGACUCAGCCCGCGGCGCCCCUUGCCAGAACAGGAAGUGAUAGUUUAACAGGCUGUGCUAGCCAGCUAGUUCAAGUCAAAUAGGUUAGCUUGCCUUUUAACACAUUGUUUACGAUGGGACUGUUCGGGAAAUCACAGGAGAAGCCAGCAGCUGAUUUGGUUAAGGAGUGGAAUCAUAAAAUCAGGAAGGAAAUGAGAGUGGUGGACAGACAAAUUCGAGAUAUUCAAAGAGAAGAAGAAAAAGUUAAACGAUCCAUCAAAGACGCUGCCAAAAAGGGACAGAAAGAUGUGUGCGUGGUGCUUGCGAAGGAGGUGAUUCAGUCCAAACGAGCUGUCACAAAACUUCACGCUUCCAAAGCACAGAUGAACUCUGUAGUUCUCAGCAUGAAGAAUCAGCUUGCUGUGGCGCGUGUUGCUGGAGCAAUGCAGAAGAGCACAGACGUCAUGAAAGCCAUGCACAAUCUAGUCAAAAUCCCAGAGAUCCAGGCCACCAUGAGGGAGCUGUCGAAGGAGAUGACGAAGGCUGGUAUCAUUGAGGAAAUGAUGGAAGAUACUUUUGAGAGCAUGGAAGACGGAGAGGAGAUGGAAGAAGCAGCGGAGGAGGAAGUCGACAGGAUCCUCUUUGAUAUCACAGCAGGUGCCCUUGGCAAAGCACCGAACAAAGUCACAGAUGCCCUCCCUGAAAUGGAGCCCGCUGGAGCCACUGCGGCUUCAGAUGAAGAGUCAGAGGAGGACAUUGAAGAGAUGCAGUCAAGAUUGGCAGCCCUGAGGAGCUAAGGUGAACUGCCGCUGUGCUGCCUGUCGAAGUCAGGUGGCUCACUCCGUGAAGGACAGAGAUCAUUCUGGUGCAGAGGUUACAGUUUCGAGUAUCCUCAUCGCUUCUUGUUAUAAAUUCACAUAAUCAUUUGGGGUUAACAUUGUGCUACGACAGUCAAUUUUUCGAUAGUCAUCUGGUUUACUCAGCCAGAAGAAAAUACGUUUUUGCUUUUUGUGUAUAAUUAUCAAGGGUAAACCCUGGGUAAGUCUUUAUUAUCCAAAGUCAAGCAGAAGGGUAAGAAGGUGUACAUAUUGUAAGUAAGAAAAGCCUGCUGUGCCUACAGUGCUUCAUCAUACUCUUCUUCUUCUGUCCAAAGUUAUUAUAGACUGGUUGUGGAAGUAUUUAUGAUCCCAAAUGCAACAGACUGAAUAACUGUUGAUGACAAGUCACAUCAGAAAUGGCCAUUCAGCUGUAUUUUUAAUCACUUAGGAUCAAAUUAUUAUUAUUUUGUUUGUUCCGUUUACCUGUAGUUAACCUACAAAAUCCGAAACACUAGAUGUUGGUGGAUGGGGUUCACUUUUUGUUUUCUGUACAGUCCAGUCAAAAUGUGUCUGUUCGUUCUGUGGCUAUACACGUUACACUGAUCGGAAACUCCACGCAUACUACUUUACUUUUUUUUUGUUUGUUUGUUUUUUUGACAUUAGCAGUCAGCUCGUUAAAUGUUUGACUUCAUCCCCAUGAUUCCCUCCUAAACAGAAACAAGCAGAGGAAAUAAGUUGGGUGUUCAGAACGUAUGUACUGUGGAUGUACUGUGUGUAUAUUUUUUCUAUGUCUUGGAGAAAAAAAGAAAUUAACUUUUAAGAAUAAAGCUGACAGUUACCAGUAA